AUGCCUAAGGCCGCUGCUGGAAAGCGCAAGACCGGUGAGAAGGCCAAGCGUGCCAAGAAGGACCCCAACGCCCCCAAGCGCGGUCUCUCCGCUUACAUGUUCUUCGCCAACGAGCAGCGCGAGAACGUCCGUGAGGAGAACCCCGGUAUCUCUUUCGGUCAGGUCGGCAAGCUCCUCGGUGAGCGAUGGAAGGCCCUCAACGAGAAGCAACGCGCUCCUUAUGAGUCCAAGGCCGCUGCGGACAAGAAGCGUUACGAGGACGAGAAGCAGGCUUACAACGCCGAGCAGGAGGAAGAGGAGUCUUCUUAG